AAGCAGAGGUGAAAACAUGUCGUAUCUGGGUGGAGUUAACCACGUUUAUAGCCGGCAUUUAAACUACCUCUGACUAGGGACCCAGCAGCUUCCCUAGAAACAGUGGUUGCAGUAAGGAAGAAACCCUGAACCCUUAAGAAGCAGUGACUGAAGAGGAAGUUAAGAAGCAACUGGAAGGAACAAACCUAUUUCAUAACAAGUUCAAGUUUGAAUUAAAUGGCUGAUAAACAGAUCAGUUUACCUGCCAAGCUGAUCAAUGGAGGGAUAGCUGGGCUCAUCGGCGUCACCUGUGUAUUUCCCAUUGACUUGGCGAAGACGCGCUUGCAGAACCAGCAGAAUGGGCAGCGGAUGUACAGCAGCAUGUCUGACUGCCUCAUUAAAACAAUCCGGUCAGAGGGCUACUUUGGCAUGUAUAGGGGGGCUGCAGUGAACCUGACCCUAGUGACGCCAGAAAAGGCCAUCAAACUGGCAGCCAAUGACUUCUUCCGGCAUCACCUCUCCAAAGACGGGAAAAAGCUGACGCUGCUGCGGGAGAUGCUGGCGGGCUGCGGAGCUGGCACCUGUCAGGUGAUUGUCACCACCCCCAUGGAGAUGCUCAAAAUCCAACUGCAGGACGCAGGGCGAAUCGCGGCACAGAAGAAGCUGAUGGCGGCGCAGCUCUCGGCCACGGCGGGCGCAGCGGAGCCCGUGGUGGAAGCGCGCACCACCGCCACGCAGAUAACCAGGGAGCUGCUGCGGAGCAAAGGCAUCGCGGGGCUCUACAAGGGCCUGGGAGCCACGCUGCUCAGAGAUGUCCCAUUUUCCAUUGUUUACUUCCCGCUGUUUGCAAACCUGAACAAGCUGGGCCAGAAGGACCCUGACGUCAAGGCCCCGUUCUACGUGUCCUUCCUCUCGGGCUGCGUGGCUGGCAGCACGGCGGCCGUGGCCGUGAACCCGUGCGACGUGAUCAAGACGCGGCUGCAGUCCUUGCAGCGAGGCGUAAAUGAGGACACGUACUCGGGAAUCCUGGACUGCACCAAGAAGAUCUGGCAGAAGGAAGGGCCCUCGGCCUUCUUCAAAGGGGCCUACUGCCGAGCCCUGGUCAUCGCCCCCCUCUUCGGCAUCGCGCAGGUCGUCUACUUCAUCGGCAUCGCGGAGUUCCUCCUGGACCUGCUCCCGAAGCACCGGGCCUAGCCCCGGGCGCCUGCGUGCGCCCGCCCGCCUGCUGCCACGCCGAGUCCGCCCCCGUGUCCGUCACCCGUGUCGAUUGGUGUCAGAGCAACAGCACAAAGGGUUUGCGCGGGAACGCCGAGGGGACGUGGUCUCCAGACGAGCCAAGGCGGGAAGGGAGAGAGUCCCUUCUCCGUCCCCAGCUGGAGCCAGCCCCCUCCGGCUCCUCCCAAGGACAAUACCUAGUUAUACAUAUCUCUUUUUUUUU